AGGGGGAGAGAGGGAGGUUUGCCUGGAAUGAUCUCAUCCCUCCAGCAGCUGCAUAGCGCAGCGAGGCGAGCACGUAACUUUCUAUCAAACUUCCAAGUUGCCUUCUCCGAGGAAGGCACGCGGACAUUUUCUGCGUGAGCCGGAGCGGACACGUUUCCCCCGAAGGUAAGAAGAGCGCUGCGCAGUUCGGCGUUCGCACUCGUGGGAUAUCGUGGCGAGUUGAAACAAAAGGAGGAAACCCCGCUCGCUGUUGCGUGACACCCGAAAAACGCUGGCAGUGGAAACGGGAGAAGGGUUGCGUGUUUGGUACAAGGAAAAUGCCAAGUGGAAGCGUCAACACAGUCGUGGCAGCGGAAUGCACGCUUAGGUGCUGAGGAGGUGCCCCUUCACGGUUGAUCCGACAAGCACUCUGCCCAUGAGGUCAGGGCAGCGUGCCAUCCCCGAGGCAGCCAUGUUUACCUGCUAAGUGCCUUUAGCCUCUGGCACUGGUGUCAUGACCAGCCUGAAGCGCCCACCCAUGGAGCGCACCGUCGGGGGUUCAGUCCCCGCCACUGAUGAGUUCUACACCCGCCAACUCCGCAUGGUCAACGGAGGGGCCGUGCCGGGCCGCACGGACAGUGUCCAUGCCACUGUGAGCACAGGGGUGCCUAAGAUGGGCGUACGCGCCCGGGUGGCUGACUGGCCACCAAGGAAGGACACCGCAGGGGCUGUGUGGCACUCGUCUGAACCCGAGAGCUCCGGUGCGCCCCCUGCUGGAAAAGGUCCAAUUAAGUUAGGCUCUAUGCUGAGCCCUCAGGACUCCUCGAUGCUGCGCAACAUUCACAAUACUUUGAAAAACCGCAUCCAGACCAACAUCCACAGCCCUGACGCUGCUUACCUGGCCCCUGGGGACUACAGAGGUCCAGCAAAUAGAAGCGCACGGCAGAAGCGCAUCCGCCAGCGCAGCAACAGUGACAUGACUGUGGGUGAGAUGGAAGGGAGCGGGGACAGUGGAGAGGAGUGGGGUCUGUCCCCGGGAGCAAAAUGGUCCCCCCUUCAUCGGGAGUACGGCAGCACCUCCUCCAUAGAUCAGCAUGGAGCAUCUGAAGAAAGCUUCUUCGAAAUGCUUAAAGGCUAUCAAGGAGGCAAAGCCGACCAGCGGAGCCCAGCUCCAGACAAACUAGUGGACAUUCUGAAUAUUGGGCCGAAGCAGGCUUCCACAGAUCUUCAGGAGGACAGAGCUAAGGACAAAGAUAAACCCCCGAAGAGGCGCACUAAGUCUGAGACAGGGGGAGAGUCUAUAUUCCGCAAACUUCUGAAUGCUCGUGGCGAGUUGGACUCCCCCAGAGCCGGCUCUGACGUAGAGGACAACCGGACAGAGGACUUGGGCCCUCCUCCCAAACCCUGGCUUUGUCAGAAAGGCUUCGCCCACUAUGACGUUCAGAGCAUGCUCUUCAAUCUUAACGAAGUCAUCCAGCUGCGGCAGACGGCGGGACAGAGGAAAAACACCACCACGGGAGCGUCUGCUGCCGCUGUGGCCUCGGCCACCUCCACCCUGUCGUCCACCCACAGCCUGCCUUACAGCUCCCCCAGUGGCAGCCAAGAGGAGCUCAGCUCCAGGGACAGUCCUGGUCCAGAAGCAGGGGACGAGCAGAGCAACGAAAUGCUGCUCAGCUGUCCCUGCUUCCGCAACGAAAUAGGCGCCGAUGGCAAUGGGAGGCGCAGAUAUCAUGGCCUUUUGGUCGGUGUAAGCAAUAACAGUGGCUCCGGGACUCUGAGUGGGGAAGGAAACUUUUAUGAAUCAUCUGUGAGCACACACUGCACGAAUGCAGGAGUAGCCGUGCUUGAGGGACCAAAGGAAGGUCCCAGCACACUCAGCGAGAAGACCAAACAGUACAUUGUGGAGCACGUGGACCUGGGAGCAUACUACUACAGGAAGUUCUUCUACCUUAGGGAUCAUUGUAACUACUUUGGGAUGGACGAGACUCUUGGACCGGUGGCGGUGAGCCUGCGCAGGGAAAAACAGGAAGACGACAAGGAGCACGGCCAGCAGUAUAACUACCGCCUCAUCUUCAGAACCAGUGAGCUGACAACUCUGCGAGGUUCUAUCCUGGAGGAUGCAGUGCCCUCCACCUCCAAGCAUGGCACCACUCGAGGACUGCCUGUCAAAGAGGUACUGGAGUACCUCCUUCCUGAACUGGACCUGUCCUGCCUCAGACUGGCCCUCAACACACCCAAAGUCCCUGAGCAGCUGAUGAAGCUGGAUGAACAAGGGCUGAGCUUCCAGGUCAAGGUGGGGGUGAUGUACUGCCGAGCAGGCCAAAGUACAGAGGAGGAGAUGUACAACAAUGAGACGGCCGGUCCUGCGUUGGAGGACUUUCUCCAGCUGCUGGGGGAGAAGGUUCGCCUCAAGGGCUUCAACAAAUACAGAGCCCAGCUGGACACCAAAACGGAUUCUACAGGCACUCACUCACUGUACACCUCAUACAAGGACUACGAGAUCAUGUUCCACGUGUCGACUCUGCUGCCGUACACGCCCAACAACAAACAGCAGCUGCUGAGGAAGCGCCACAUCGGUAACGACAUAGUGACCAUCGUGUUCCAGGAGCCUGGCUCGUACCCUUUCACCCCCAAAGCCAUUCGCUCUCACUUUCAGCACGUCUUCAUCAUCGUCCGGGUGCACAACCCCUGCUCUGACAACACGUGCUACAGUGUGGCUGUGACCCGUUCCCAGGACGUUCCCUCCUUCGGCCCUCCGAUCCCUAAGGGUGUGACCUUCCCCAAAUCCACUGUCUUCAGGGACUUCCUGCUGGCCAAAGUCAUCAACGCUGAGAACGCAGCCCACAAGUCAGAAAAGUUCGGUGCCAUGGCAACGCGCACCCGGCAGGAGUACCUGAGGGACCUAGCAGAACGGCACGUGACCAGCACCACCGUGGAGCCCGCUGGGAGGUUCCCCUUCCCGCGCACACACAGGCGCCGGGAGAAGAUGCGUCCGUACAGCGGGGCGGAGCUCCGGAGCAUGGGGGCGGUGACCUGGCAGGUGCACGCCGAGGACCAGGUCGCCGGCGCCGAGCGCGAGUGUCUGCUGGCCGUCUCCAACGACUUCAUCGUCCUGCUGGACCAGGAGGCCAAGGCGGUGGUGUUUAACUGCGCCACGCGGGACGUGAUCGGCUGGUCAACGGGGAGCCCCGCCUCCAUGAAGAUCUACUACGAGCGAGGCGACAGCGUGUCCCUGCGCUCCAUCAACAACAACACAGAAGACUUUGGAGAGGUGGUGAAAAGACUGGAGCUGCUGACCAAAGGCAGCCAGACCACGGAGAUGACCCUGCGCCGUAACGCUCUGGGCCAGCUGGGCUUCCACGUCAACUUUGAGGGCAUCGUGGCGGAGGUGGAGCCCUACGGCUACGCCUGGCAGGCUGGGCUCAGGCAGGGCAGCCGCCUGGUGGAGAUAUGCAAGGUCUCCGUGGCCUCGCUGUCCCACGAGCAGAUGAUCGACCUGCUCCGGACCUCCGUCACGGUGAAGGUGGUCAUCAUUCCUCCCCACGACGACUCCACGCCGCGCAGAGGCUGCUCAGAAAUCUACCACAUGCCACUCGUCGACUACAAGAACCACAAGGAGGGCAUGCCCUAUGAGCUGAAGUUCCCUUUCCGCUCCACCAACAACAACACUAAGUGGCCCCGGACCUCCUCCAGCCCACAGACGCGUGCUGCCGGCACCGUGGGAACGCUGAUCAAGGCCCCGGCGGCAGACUCCAGCGACAGGAGCUCCGCUGCUCUUCCUCGAAGCGUGUCCAGCGACGGGCGGCCGCUCAACCCAAAGAGAUGCUCCCCAGGCAGCGACAACUAUGCUCUGGCCUGCUCCAUCGUGAUGGGUCGCACGGCGCACAGCACCAACCCCCCCCCCAGCCUGUCCUACACCGACACCACCGGCUCCAGCCACUGGAGGCAGAAGUGCAGCGAUGGGUUCAAUAACAACAGCUGCCAGUCCCCGGUUCCAGGCGUGCGACACGGGACGGGCGACGCCGUCAACGGGCUCAAAGGCUGCUCCAGCUCCGGUGUCGGGUGGUGCCGGCCCGGGGACAGCGACGCGGCCGGCAGAGCUGUGGAUAAAAGCAGUGCAGACGCCGCGGCUUCCAAGGUGGCGACCCCUCGGCUGCAGCUGGCGGAGCAGGGCGUCCACAUGUCUCCUCACAAAGGCCCUAAGGUGGAUGCUCCGUACUCCUCCAGCCAGUCGAGCAGCAACACGCUGUCGAGCAAUGCCUCCAGUUCAGCCCACAGCGACGAGAAGUGGUACGAGGUCGGCUCGCGCUGCGGAGUGCGCGCUGACCUGGAGCUCAACGGGUACCUUCAGGGCACCUCCGUCGACAGCGGCAUCGAUGCCUCCUCCUUCACUGCCACCCAAAGCAGCACCGCCUCCUCCACCGGUGCCUUCAGGGCCAAAGACAAGACUCCGUGGCAUGAGGGUGCCGCCGGCCUCCAGGGCGCCGCGGAUGCUUCACCGCCGCCCCUCGAGCUGCUGGACGCCGCUGGAGGCAGUGAGGCCCCAGCGAAGAGCCCGUCGGCAGCUCCUGAUGCCUCGUACGGCCUGAGUGAUGCUGCCUCUCACUCCAGCACACUGAGUUCCGGUCUCUCAGGGAGCCCGAUGGGUCAGGGCUGUACCCCACUGUCGCCCCAAGAGGAGGCCGAAGAAACCACCUCCCCCACGUCCCCAAACCCCGCGUCUCCAGGGUCCAAGAGCUUCUACCCUCGUCAAGGAUCGACCUCAAAGUACCUGAUCGGCUGGAGGAAACCCGGGGGAACCGUCAACUCUGUGGACUUUGGCAGCACUCGCAACUUUAAAAGGCGCCCCCCUGCUGUGAUUGGUGUCUCCAGGCGGCACCAGAGCGACGGUCUGCUGGGAGGCCAACCCCAGCUCAGGGCCAACCUCCGGGGCUCCCAGUCCCCCCAGCGGCACACGGCCAAGUCCAGCUUGGAGGAAGACCUGAAGAAGCUGAUAACACUGGACAGCCCCCCGCCCACCACAGCUGAGGAGAAGCCGCUGUUCCCGCCGCCCGGCCGCCGCUCGCUGCAGAGGACGCUGUCGGACGAGAGCAUCUACGGCGGGCAGAGGGAGCCGUCCUCCGGAACCCGCGACACGCCCACCGACCUGCUCUUCAGCUGCUCCACAAUCCCGCGCUCGCCCGUCGCUCGCCACGGAUCGAGCCGCCGGGCGUCGCACAAAUCUCUCGGUGACCUGACGGCCCCAGAGGCCUCAGAGCUGGAGCAGGAGAGGAAGCGGCAGCAGCUGCAGGAGCUGGCCCUCAUGCCCCUGGCUGGCAGCGGCGCCGACGGCCCGCUGGACUGGGCCCACCUGGUGGAUGCUGCCAAGGCCUUCGAGGAGCAGCGAUUGGUUUUUCUCGCAGCCCAGGAGGAUAGUUCUAAGGCUGAGAGUGCGGCAGCCACCAGCCCCCAGCAGGCUGAGCCCCAGGCGGCGCCAGCGAGGCAGCCCUCACCUGGAGAGACUCCAGCUUGCCUGAUGGGCAAAGUGAGCCAGCUGGAAUCGAUGGUAAAGGCGCUACAGGAAGAUCUGAAGAAGGAGAAGGAUGCCAAGGCGUCUCUCCAGGCUCAGAUCCAGAGCCUGCGAGAGGACAACCAGCGCCUCCUGGAGGAGUCCUACAGCGCUUCGGCCAAGCUCAAGAAGUUCACAGAGUGGGUCUUCAACACCAUUGACAUGAACUGAUGAGACCUGACCUGCCGGCAGCGCUGCCGUGGGAGUCUGACCACUACUCAAGCUGAUCUGAUGUUGUGUUGUUGAGUACUGUACACAAAACAGAAGUACUUAUAAACAAAACCACAUCAUCUGUUUCUCUUGGGCUUAAAAUCAUUGCCAACGUGGACUUAAACGCCGUACGUCUUCACCUCGUAGACCUGCCAUGAUCACAAAGACAAGCAAAGGGUGGAGGACGGACGCAGGGAAGAGCAGCGACGUAACUGUGAUGUGUUGAUCUGCAUGCUCUCCCUUCCUUAAAACCUCAGAUGAUCCAGUGUCCAGCUGAUUGUUGGUAUUCCUGCAUGUCAGACAGAGUAAGAUAAAGAAUCUCACCUAAAGGGAUUAAAGUUACGUCCCAAUAAGUUUCCCAGCUGUCCUGAUACAAGUGAGUAGACGCUCUAUUAAAAAGUUCCAGCAGCAGUGGAACAUCUGAGGUGUCAAACACCCCGUCAGUGGGAGCAGCACUGAUUAUUUUUUUAUUAGUCACCAAAAGAAGAGAAGCUCUGAGAUGCUGGAUGACGCCAUCCCCACGAACAACGGGACGUGUGUGGGCAGACAAACACAGACACUUGAACAGCACACAGUGUAAACACUGUGAGGUCAGGUGCUCGUCUGUGUGUGGCAAAGUACGAGUCUGAGAAGGGUUUCACUUGUAGAGGGCUAAAAGUAAGUGCUUGUAUAGAACCACUGGUCAAAAUCUGAUGAAAAGAAAGAGCAUAUAUUAUUAUUAUACACAGCAUAAAGGUAAAGACUGACAGUUCAGUGUCUUAUCCCUGUUUAUUGUAAAUAUAUGAUGGUAACAUUUAUUUUCUCGCUCUUUCCCAUGUUGUGAUAUAGAAUGUAAAGAAUAUUUAUGGCCAAGAAAAGAUGAUCAGAAAUAACCUGUAAGAGAAUAUUCACCCUGUAAAUCGAACUAAGGAUAGAGAGUAUAUGAUGCUAUUUUUUGCAGACUCAGAGGAUUUCUAAACAUGGACUGAGUUGGUUGACGGUGCCACCUAGUGUUGACUACAUGUAAACUGCUACAUAGAUUUACCCCCCCAGCAUGAAAAAAAGGGCCUUAAUCUGAUCCUUAACGCUCUCAAUAGAUUGAAUCGGUACUGUUCCGUAUAUUAUUACAUAGUAAGAUAUUGUGUAAAUCCUAAAAUUACAGCCACAGCUUCUGUCAUAUUGGAAUCUGCUUGUGAGCCCAAACUGAAUUUGGUCUGUAAUGAGCAGCAAAGUCCUUAUUUAAGCCUCAUACUGUAGCCAUUUCCUUUUGUACUGGAUACUGUGCAACUGUAUAUAAGGAGGAUUUGAUAUUCACCAGAAUUUGCACCUUCAUUCUUAUUUUUGAAGAUCAUUUUUGUGUAUGUCUGCUUUACUGGCCAGGACAUAGUGAGGAGUGACAUAAAUAUAGGAUGAGACAGGACAGAGACCAUGAGCCGGACUCAGAUGGAGCGCCCCAGGGCCCUAGCACCGCGAUCGCCCUGCACCUUCAUUCUUUACAUGUGUGACAGCAUGUGAUCUGUUUCCAUUGAGCUGUGAUGUGUAAAAAUGUUUAUAUCUAUUAAAGAUAUUUUGUUGAAUUAUA